GGUCACCCUCACGGGAAGAACAUGAGCCAACACACACGGAAUCCUGUGCUCCACUUCGUGCGAGGAAAAAAAAAAUUAGAGAAAGCCACUGCGAACAAACGAACAAAAAAAAAAAAAACCAAAAAGCCAUUGACAGAGCCCGAGUUUAACAAGCCUAACUAAACGGGCCUCCGCCGCUGCUCGCCGGAUAAAGAAAUUAUCGGCCAGACUCUGAAUAGCCACCUUCACCAGCACCACCACCAAAAUCUUUAUAAAUUCUGAACAUCUAAAAAACGCAGUAAUGAGAGGAAAAAGAAAUCAAAAUCAAGAUGAAGAAGAGUACGAGGAGGAGGAUUUUGGUUCCAGAAAAGAUGGACUUACUUCCAAUGUUACUGCUACCAAUAACAAAACAAAUACCAACAAAGAUGGAAAGAACAGUGAUAAGGCUAAUGCAAUAAGAUCGAAACAUUCGGUCACUGAGCAGCGGCGGAGGAGCAAGAUCAAUGAGAGAUUUCAGAUAUUGAGAGAUCUUAUACCUCAUAGUGAUCAAAAGAGGGAUACGGCAUCAUUUCUAUUAGAGGUGAUAGAAUAUGUCCAGUACUUACAGGAAAAGGUGCAAAAAUAUGAGGGUUCUUACCAAGGAUGGAGUUCUGAGCCCACAAAAUUGAUGCCAUGGAGAAAUAGUCAUUGGCGCGUCCAGAGUUUCAUUGGUCAUCCACAACCUAUAAAAAAUGGUUCUGGUCCAGGGUCAACCAUUCCUGGGAAGUUUGACGAGAAUACAAUUGCCAUCAACCCAACCAUGCUUACAGGCGCACAAAAUCAAGUAGAAUCUGACCCUAGCAGGGAUGUUACUUGCAAAGCAAUGGACCGACAUCCUGAAGUAGCAAACAAGGUUUUGCUUCAUCCUGUUUCCUUACAGACAACCAUACCCAUUCCUGUCCAUAGUGAUGGUGCUAUUGCACAUCCUGUUCAUAGUGAUGGUGCUAUUGCACAUCCUCUUCAGCAACCUGUCACUGAUGCACAAUCAGCUGAUUUUCCAAUCACAAGUGGUGCAUUAAACCAGCAGGAGGAGCUGACAAUUGAAGGGGGAACCAUAAGCAUCUCCAGUGUGUACUCUCAAGGGUUGUUGAACAAUCUUACACGAUCAUUGCAGAGUGCUGGUGUUGAUUUGUCAGAUGCCAAUAUCUCAGUGCAGAUUGAUCUUGGAAAGAGGGCAAAUAGAGGCCUGGCAUCUGGAACAUCUACUACUAAGGAUCCUCCCCUUUCUAACAAUCAAGUAGCGGCGCAUCUUAGAGAUGUGAGCAGCGGAGAGGACUCAGACCAGGCUCAGAAGCGGCUGAAGACAUGAGAUCUGUACGGCUUUCAUGUGUCUUCAUAUUUAAAAUUGCAUAAAGUCCCACCUUCGAAAUCUUUCUCCACUCCACCUUCUUCUGCAAAGCUCUUCCCCUUCUUUUGUUUACUGCUGCUUUUCUUUCUUCCCCUUGGGUGUACAUGCUAUGCUUUCAGUUUCUCAGACUUAGUAUUUCUUGAGAUUCAUGUGAAAAGCUGUUACCUCAGAUGAUAUGUUUUCUGUGGUGUUUCCCUAUAGAUGUCUGAUUGGGAGAUGCCAUUGCCUGUAUCAUCGUCUUUGUACCGUACAUAUUUGAUUAAAUAUAUAUAAAUAUAUAAAAUCAAGCUUUUAAGGGAUUA